GGAAGAAACAACAAGGGAAGCAGGUCGAGGAGCUAACGAGAAGACGCCGGAUCGCGUGGGUUGCCGCACUCAGGAGGAAAAACUACACUUUUCACAACAUCCCUGCAUCAACGAGAGUGUGUUCUCGGCAUUUUUCUUCGGGACAACCAGCAUUUGAAAUGCUGGACACUCAUCCUGACUGGGCACCAUCUUUGCUUCUGGGCCAUAAUGAAGUGAAAGUGACAAACAAAGAGAGGUUUGCACGUCAAGUAAGAAGACACCUCAAACAUCAGGGGACUAGCGAGAAGCCAGGAGAGGAAGGGGAGGACACGGUUCCACCUGAAGUGGAGGAGGUAGCACAAGAUGCAGAGGACACAGCACAAAAUCCUGAUAACCAGAGUGCAGAGAAAUGUGUGCACUGCAAAUCUACACACGCUGAAAUCAACCGUCUGCUCGAGGAAAACAGGAAUCUGAAGCGAGAACUUGAUGAGCGCAAAAUGACAGAGCAAUUUUUGAAGGAUGAUGAUGGCAAGGUAAAAUAUUACACUGGACUUCCAACAUAUGCUAUUUUUCAGGUUUUGCUGUGCCAUAUAAUGCCAUUUCUGCAUCAGGGAAAAAGAAAGUUGACACCUUUUCAAAUGAUCCUUCUCACAUUGAUGCGUCUGAGAUUGGAUCUGCCAAUGCAGCACAUCAGCCAUAUAUUUGGCGUGCACCGAGCGACUGUUAGUGCUGCAUUUCAAGACACAUUAAAUGUACUUUACUCACGCUUAUCUCCACUGGUGCAUUGGCCUGACAGAGAGAGUUUGCGCAUCAGUAUGCCACACCAGUUUGCAGAGACAUUUGGAAAUCGUGUUGCUGCCAUUGUGGACUGCUUUGAAAUUUUUAUAGAAAGACCAUCCAAUCUACAGGCAAGAGCACAAACAUUUUCAAAUUAUAAACACAGACAUACACUGAAAUACCUCAUCGGCAUUACUCCACAGGGAGUAAUUUCAUUCAUCUCCAAAGGGUGGGGUGGGCGGACAAGUGACAAACGAAUAACAGAGGAAAGUGGUUUCCUAGACAAACUACUUCCAGGUGACAUGGUACUGGCAGAUCGAGGUUUUGACAUAAAGGAGAGUGUGGGACUGAUGUGUGCUGAAGUCAAAAUACCAGCGUUCACAAAGGGCCGUCAACAACUGGAUGCAAAGGAUGUGGAGGAAACAAGAUCCAUUGCACAUCUCAGAAUCCACGUGGAGAGAGUUAUUGGACAAGUACGCAACAAGUACAAAAUGUUGUCUUCUAAAAUUCCCAUAAAUAUGGCUCUGCCAUGUGAGGGUGAGACUGUGGUUUUCUUGGACAAAGUUGUCACUGUCUGUUGUGCUCUUACAAACAUGUGUCCAAGUGUUGUGCAGUGAUUGCUAAAUCUACUUUUGUUAUUAUUUGUGGCUCAUUUUCUGUAUAUCUUUUUACAUGCCUUUUAAAAAUGUUUGUGAAUCAAGUUUAUAUAACUGCUUAAUAAAGACAGUGUGACUUUUA